ACCCAUUUCAAUUGCAUGUCCCCUCCCAUUCCUUUCCACACCCUCCUCCUCCCACCUCUCCUCUCUUUUCUCUCCUCAACCCACAAGAAAUAGUAAACAUCCCCCACACCCACAACAUAUAAACACACCUCUCAUGGCAGUUGAAGCCCACCAUCUUCACCUCUUCCCCUCCCGACUCCUUAGAAACAGGGAAAUCACCAACGCUGUGGAGAACCAAUCCAGCAUCUACAACACCCAAAUGAGCUUCGUUGCGCCGGUCUCCGGCACCACCGGCUCCUUCAUCCCCUUCUACAAUCCCACCACCCCCACCGCCGCCUCAGAAAGCAGUCUCACCUUCAACAACCUGGCUGCCACCGCCGUGGCGUCGCUCCCUAAGAAGAGAUCGCGAGACUCCGACCGCCCGCUCUCCUUCCUCGGUGAAGACAUCUCCUCCCACGUCCAGCAGCAGAUGGUCGACAUCGAUGGGCUCAUCGUUCAUCACGUAGAGAAGGUGAGACUCGAGCUGAUGGAGCGGCGAAAGCGUUUCGCAAGGCAAGUCCUCGCGGCAGUCGAGGAGAGAGUAUCGAAACGGCUCAAGGCUAAGGAAGAGGAGAUCGAGAGGCUUGGCAAGCUCAACUGGGCGCUAGAGGAUCGCAUCAAUAGCCUGUGCGUGGAGAACCAGAUAUGGAGGGAUUUGGCUCAGAACAACGAGGCCACCGCGAACGUUCUCCGGAUCAACUUGGAGCAUGUCCUCGCAGCCCAGGCGAAGGUCAAGGAGGAUCGCACUGGCGAGGGCGAGGCGGCCGACGCCGAGUCAUGCUGCUGCGGCGAGAACCAAGAAGAGGAGAUAAAGCUGACGAACCGAUGGAUGAGAGCCUGCCGGAACUGCCGAGAAAGCGAGCCCUCGGUGCUGCUGCUGCCGUGCCGGCAUCUCUGCCUGUGCUCGGCCUGCGCUCCGGCGAUCGACGCCUGUCCCAUCUGUAAAUGCAGUAAGAGCGGCAGUGUCAAUGUAAACAUGUCCUGAAUCCGAGAAGAAUAAACAGAUAGCAUGCUCAGAUCAUACAGAAUUUUUAGUCUGCGUUUUCGAA